AUGAUAUUGGCAAGUAACCGGAUUGGUCCCGAGGGAGCUCAGGCUCUCGCAGAAGCCUUGAAGAUCAAUAGCUCCGUGCGGCUCAUGAUAUUGGCAAGUAACCGGAUUGGUCCCGAGGGAGCUCAGGCUCUCGCAGAAGCCUUGAAGAUCAAUAGCUCCGUGCGGGACAUGAAAUUGGCAAGUAACCGGAUUGAACCCGAGGGAGCUCAGGCUCUCGCGGAAGCCUUGAAGAUCAAUAGCUCCGUGCGGGACAUGAAUUUGGCAUUCAAUGAGAUUGGUGCCGAGGGAGCUCAGGCUCUCGCGGAAGCCUUGAAGAUCAAUAGCUCCGUGCGGGACAUGAAUUUGGCAUUCAAUGAGAUUGGUGCCGAGGGAGCUCAGGCUGUUGCAGACGCCCUGCAGAGGAAGACUUCAGUCAGAGACACCACUGCUGAUGACUUGGACGACGGAGCCAAGGAGAGUAAUGAUCAAGUCUCCGGCAGACGCCCUUUUGAAGCACCGGUUCGUCUUAAGCCACUGGCUGGGGCUUUGAAGACGAACAUUUCCGUGACAAGCAUCAAACUGGAUGACAAUUCCAUCGGCGAUGAGGGAGUGAAGGCACUAGCUGAGGCUUUGAAGACGAACACCUCCGUGACAAGCAUCGACCUGGGUCGAACUUCCAGCGGCGUUGAGGGAGUGAAGGCACUGGCUGAAGCUUUGAAGACGAACACUUCCGUGACAAGCAUCAACCUGUGUGACAAUUCCAUCGGCGCUGAGGGAGUGAAGGCACUAGCUGAGGCUUUGAAGACAAACACUUCUGUGACAAGCAUCGACCUGGGUAAAACUUCCAGCGGCGUUGAGGGAGUGAAGGCACUGGCUGAAGCUUUGAAGAUGAACACUUCCGUGACAAGCAUCAACCUGUGUGACAAUUCCAUCGGCGCUGAGGGAGUGAAGGCACUGGCUGAAGCUUUGAAGACGAACACUUCUGUGACAAGCAUCGACCUGCGUUACAAUUCCAUCGGGGAUGAGGGAGUGAAGGCACUGGCUGAAACUUUGAAGAAGAACACCUCCGUUACAAACAUCAACCUGGAUGACAAUUCCAUCGGUGUUGAGGGCGCGAAGGCACUGGCUGAAGCUUUGAUGACGAACACUUCCGUGACAAGCAUUGACCUGUCUUGGAAUGCCAUCGGAGAUGAGGGAGCGCAGGCGUUGAAGCAAGUGAUCGAGGAAAAGAAGAAGAUGGGUUUUGAACUCCGCAUUGAAUUCUAGAGAUCUCAGCUGAGCAGAGCUCGUUC